AUGGGAGGAGAAUGGAAGGAAACACCAGCACUCACCAUUAAAGGGGAAUCCAACCUGACACCCAAACAGAAACAACAACUAGAUAAAUUCAUAAACGAAUACAAAGAUAGGUUUGCAGAAGACCUUUUGGAACUAGGACGAAUAAAGGAGUAUGAACACCACAUACCCACUACAUGUGAAUGGCCUGUUAAAAAUAGACCAUAUAGACAUGACAAAGAGAAAAGAAAAUUCAUAAGGGAAGAAAUCGAAAGAAUGAUUAAUGCUGGAAUCGUUAGAGAAUCAAAUAGUGCAUGGACAUCACCGGUGGUAGUCGUGACAAAGAAGAAUGGCAAACUAAGGUUAUGUGUGGAUUAUAGAAAGCUGAAUGAAAAAACCAAACGAGAUGAAUAUCCACUGCCAAUGAUAAAUGACAUAUUCGAUACAAUGGCAGGAGCAAAAUGGUUUACCACUUUGGACUGCAUGAGCGGAUAUUGGCAAAUGAAG